AUGGCAAUGGAGCACGGUCGCGUCGUCGACGGGAAGCCCAAGGUGAUUUUCGUGCUCGGCGCCACGGCCACGGGAAAGUCCAAGCUCGCCAUCGCCCUCGCCCGGCGCUUCAACGGCGAGGUGAUCAAUGCGGACAAGAUCCAGGUGCACGACGGCGUGCCCAUCAUCACCAAUAAGGUCACCGAUGAGGAGCAGGCCGGGGUGCCGCACCACCUCCUCAGCGUGCUGCACCCCGACGCUGACUUCACUGCGGAGGACUUCCGCCGCGAGGCGGGCCGUGCCAUCGAGCGCGUGCUCUCGGUGGGUCGCCUCCCCGUCGUGGCGGGAGGGUCCAAUACCUACAUUGAGACGCUGGUGGAAGGCGACGGCGCCGCGUUCCGCGCGGCGCACGAUGUCCUCUUCCUCUGGGUGGACGCCGCGCCGGAGCUUCUCGAGUGGUACGCGGCGCUGCGCGUGGACGACAUGGUGGUGCGCGGUCUGGUAGACGAGGCGCGCGCGGCGUUCGACGCCGCCACCAGCGCGGCGGACUACACCCGCGGCGUGCGCCGCGCCAUCGGCCUGCCGGAGAUGCACGACUACCUGCUCGCGGAGCGCGUGGGCGCCGCUGGCGAGGCCGAGCUCGCGGGCAUGCUGGCGAGCGCACUGCGCGAGAUCAAGAGCAACACCUUCGCUCUGGCACGAGCGCAGGCGGAGAAGAUCCGCCGACUCAGCACGUUCGACGGCUGGGACGUCCGCCGCGUCGACGUCAGUCCCGUGUUCGCGAGCAUGGCCGACGGCGCCGGGUGCCACGACCAGACCUGGAAGGCGCUCGUGUGGGAACCGUGCGAGGAGAUGGUGAGGCGUUUCCUCGAGACUCCAACUGUCCCCAUUGCUUCAGAUGCCGACGGUGUUGGCAGUGGUGGUGGUGAUGGUGAUGGUGAUGGCUGUGAUGCUGGCGUCGACGUCGCCGCCGCCAGCGCCGAAUUGACGGACACCAUAUAA